AACAGUGGCCCCAAACGCGGCAUCCCUGAGCGGACGCGCUUGCAUGGACCGAACGACAGGCCACCGUUGCCGGGCCAGCCGCCAAUCGACGACCGCAUGAUGUUCGCGCCGGCUUUGCUGGCGCCGCUGCUGCUGCUGGCGCUGGCCGGCCGCGCGCAACAGCAGCAGCAGCACUUCCACAGGACGCGGUUCCAGCCGGUGCACCGGUACCCGCCGCUGCCAAACGGCAUCAAGCUCAGCCCCGAGCUCAUAAACCAGGCGCUCCAGCUGCCGCCCAAUGGCCAACCCCAGGGGCCCGCUCAGCAGCAGCAGCAGAGCUUCAGGCCACAACGCAUGGUGCAGCUGACCAUACCGCAGGGCGUUCUAAGGGGCCGCGUACUACGCACACCCUCGGGCCGAGGCCUGGUCGCCUUCCUUGGCGUGCCGUACGCUGCCGCGCCCCUCGGUCCACUGCGAUUUAAGCCUCCCGUGAUACACCCUGGCUGGAGCUCAGUGCUGGACGCUACUGCCUUCCGGUCAGCAUGUCCGCAGUUCGACUACCGGGGGAGAAUCGUCGGCAACGAGGACUGCCUCUUCCUCAACAUCUACACGCCAGGAUACAGGAAUGGCCAGACCCCUUCCUAUCCCGUAAUGGUGUUCGUGCAUGGCGGUAACUUCGAGACCGGAGCUGCGAGCCAGUACGGUCCGCAGAAGCUCGUCGACAAGGACGUCGUCGUGGUCACAAUAAACUACAGGCUCGGCAUUCUUGGGUUCCUAAGCACCGGCGACAGCGUCUGUCCUGGCAACCUGGGCCUACUGGACCAGAACCUCGCCCUUAAGUGGGUACGUGACAACGUGGCCCAAUUCGGCGGUGAUCCUUCGCAGGUGACGCUCUUCGGCCAGGGCUCAGGUGCCGUCAGCGUCUUCCUACACAUCCUGUCGCCCCUUAGCCAAGGGCUGUUCGUGCGUGCCAUUGCCGAGAGUGGCAGUCCGCUGAGUGACUGGGCCGUGGAGCCCGAGCCGGCGCAGUUCAAGCGCAUCGUGGCCCAGGGCGCGGGAUGCCCGACCGAUGGCCCUUCGUUCGCGCUCAUCGACUGCCUCAUGCAGACGCCAAGCAGUGAGCUCCUGCGCAUACAGCAGGAGAGCAAGGUGUUUGGUGACUUUCCCGUGAGGACGGCGCCCGUAGUGGAGAAGUUCAAUCCGCAGGGUGCCUUCUUGCCGGAUGAGCCAGCCGUCCUACUUGAGCGCGGUGAGUUCCGACGCGUGCCGCUCAUCGCCGGUGUCAACAAAGACGAGACCGCCUUCUUUUUCCCUGUAUUGUCGGGAUACCUGAGAGACCGGUCGGCGCGCAGUGCCACGUACGUGCGUGACCAACUGCUGCCGAGGUUCCUGAGCAGCGCGCUUCGCUACAACCGACCGCCGACGGAUGUUGUGGACUCCGUGGAUGAGACGUACUUCCGGGACGUCAACCCUCUCGACACAAACUCUGUCAUCAAAGCCUUCAUAAAUAUGUCCACGGAUGCAAUGUUCGUGGCGCCGAACCAGCUAACACUGGCCAAGUACUCACGCUUCGACGCGCCUACCUACAUGUACGUGUUCGAGUACCGAGGGGACACCAGCCUGCUCGAUGCCCGACUCGGUUUCCAAAGGCAGUCCUACGACCUAGGUGUCUCCAAUGGUGAUGAGCUGAUCUAUCUUUUCGAUGUGACGGCUGAUGGACUGCGGCCACUGUCCAGCCUCGACUCACUCGUCAGCAGCAGGAUCAUCAACCUCUGGACAGAUUUUGCCAAGAGCGGAAUGGCGCCGCAGUACCCGAACUUCGAGUACCCUGCGUGGUCGCGGGCUACGCCCAGCAACGUGUCGUCGUACCGCAUCGGUCGUUCGUUGCAGCCGGGUACCGAGUACCGGGUCGAGGCGACGCGCUUCUGGUCGGGCAUCUCACCGGCACUGUUGGGUCAGCGGAGCGGCGAAGAUGACGACACGCGCUCGGGCGCCCUGGUCACCCCUCCUGGCUAUGUGGAGCCCCUGUACCGGACCCUGGCCUGGACCAUGGUGGCCGUGGCCAUCGCACUCGCGCUUGCCCUCAUCGUGCUCCUCGUGGUGCUCUACAAUCAGAAGAAGAGCCAGAGCUUUCGCGCCAGCUCGGACCUGGACAAUUCCCGGGUGUCCGGCGGUGGAUCCACACUCUACUGACAGUGGCGCACGACGUCGCCCCGACUUAAAUGUUGCGGCGGUCACCGAAACGGACUCGAAGGCCGUGAGAGAUCUGUCGCGAUGUCCCCACUUGUUUUUGCUCCGACCCUCUCUGGACCAGAGCGCAAGUGGGAUGCAUCCGCGCACUUGUAACUCACGCGAGACAUGAACGGCUUGUGGUGCACGACAAGUUACAUCACAACUGCGCGUAGCUUGUGCCCACAUAUAGACUUAUGCGGGAAUUACACCUGUGUGCUCGCAGAGAAGGCUGAGCCAUUUGUCUGGUGCGAGUUUUGUAGAGUCUGCUACUCUUUGGAAGCUAACUUUAGAUAUACUGUGUGUUAGUAUUUCUGACAAAGUUGUCUGAAUGAGCGAGCCUGUACAAGACAUUGUUCAUGUCGCCUGAGGAGAACAAAAACACUGCGCAACUGUCUUGCUUAGAGGCAUAAGCCUGCCGUGUUGGGCGCGAUCGUCGUGCGAAGCCACAAGUUGGGACUCUAGAAUGGCACAUGGGAGCUCAUAAGUUGAAAAGCCCUAUGUGCUUCGAAUAACCUCUGUUGAGCCGUGUGUUCGUUCGACCGCCUUCUCUUUCUCUUUCUCUUUCUCUAUGUGAAAACGCAUCACUGAUAUGAAGCGAUGCACGAGGCCACUGCAAGCGCGCAGUAUAAAUAUGCCGCAGUCUAACUCUUAGCGACAUAAAUAUUGCAAGUAGGCAGUGAUAUCGUGGGUUCGACGCCGUUUAUUCAGCGGAGCCGCUACAUCAAUUUUUCAGGCGAAGAUGCUCACCGCUAUACUGAUUAUAUAUGUACCAGUGAAGAGGAUGAAGAACAAACCCAGUGAAUACUGUGCUCACAAUAUAUUUAAAAAGCUCGAUUUACUUUUCAGUGCUGCAAAAGUUCCGCAACCUUUCUAUAUUUGCCCGGAGAAAGAUGGCGGGUGUCUUUAUUGUUGCUAAACCAUUGUUUUUAUGGCAGUGUGUUAUUUAACCUCUCUGAGGAAACACCACCUUUCGUUUGGUGGCGGACGUAUCGAAAUAGAGGUGCUUCUGUGCCGUUACUGUUUACUUUGAUACUUUUCUUCCUCUCUUUUAUUUUCAACUCUCCAUUAUCUGCUCUAAGCAGGCAGUAGUGAAUGGGCGUCAUUCGUUUUGCUUCUCCUAUUCUCAGCUGUUCUCUUUUGCUCGAUGUUGCGAGCGCUUUCACGCAGCCUGUUCAUAUUUGUUUCAACAAACAUGUACUUGUGUCGGACGUAAGCGCCUCAUAUGCAGAGUACAUACAUACAAGGCUUGGAAUUCCAAUAAAGAGAGUGCAUUUAAUGUAAGGCAACAGUGUUGCAUAGAACUCGCGCUGUCACAAGCAGAUAAAAAAAGAGGAAGUGAAGACGAGGUUGUAAUUAUCCUGUAUAGUGUUGUAUAUUUCGUGCCCUACUCCAUAACAAUUUAUAUUAUGUAGUACCUAUACGAUAAAAAACCAGUACUAAUAUGUUUUGUCGAGCUCAGGCUGAGAAAGUUCGUGUCAUACGCAUUUCGUUCACACACCAUGCUUAUGAUAUUUACACCCGCAGAGUCUAUGAAAUAGCGCGUUCAAAACCACGUCGAAUAUCUGUAGUUGGAUAGUGAAGUUUGGCCAGAAUAUCACUGCGUGUUAGAAAUUGUCUUCAAGAGGAUUCACGCAGCCAGCUCUCAAACAAAUUUUCAACAAACCCGAUGUACACAGAAGCGUUCCUUCAUACAAGUGACUUCUGAAAGAAACGUUUCCAAAUGUUUCAGGUAGAGCCCUACAGUGAAACUAGCGCUACGUAUCCAGCGUAUAUAGCUGUUGCGGAAUGAAGUUCAAAGUUUAAAAGCUCGACGGUAACUGUAGAAGCGCGGAAGUAAGCAGUAAGCGUGUUCCGAGUUUGGCUGAACGUUAGCGCUUCGCAUUUCAGCUUAACCAAUGUGGUCGGUGCAGCAUUGAUAUUGCUCAAUCAUUACUACUUACGUAAGUACGUAAGACCCCUAUAUGAUCAUCCUGGUAUCUGGAGCCUUGGGUCUAAAAGACAGCAGUAUAGCAGGAGUUUGGUUGCCGAGCAGUAGUCGCUCCAAAUAAUUCGCGGUUCACGCAUAAUUUGGAUAGAUACCCAAUGAAUAUAUCAAUCGGAAAACGCAACCCCAGGCUUAAAGAACCGUGGCAUAAGAAACAAAAAGAGCUCAAGCGUUGCGCGACGCCGGCCAUUUAUUGUGUUUUAGGCUAUGGUAAUGAACUUUUUGUACAUGCGCUUCGACAAGUGACAUGUCCUCAACACGCGACUAGAUAUUGUCAGGCAUUUGUUAUUUGGUCAGGAAUACUUGUUACUACUGUGGAACCAUGCCACAAAAGUAAAAAUAAAGCACAGCGCAAGUGCGAGUGUGUAUUUUGUGUACUUGGUUUUAUGUUGGGCCAUUUGUUAUGAGAAGGCCAUUGUUGACACAGUUUUGUUAUAUUUUUAAUGUCUGUCGCGGUUAUUAGUUCAUAUAGCUAUAGGCAUAAUAACUUCCACUUAACGCAAUCCCGAGCAUUAUGUACGUGUAUUGACACGAGAGCUGUGUGGCACUGCAUAGGGCAUGAGUGUGUGUUUAGUAGAGAAGAAGUAACGAUCUCAGAAGCAGUUGCAUCAGAAACCUACAGCUUCGUUAUCUGUGGCAUCUCAUGAUCAGCGUAUACGCAGACUGCAGCACAUCUACAACGUGUGUUGCACUUACAUGCGUCCCGAGUGUUUCGCACAGUCCUUUUAUGUGUACUAAAAGCGGCCUCAUCGGUUUUGUGUAACCCACAUAAGCAGCGCACUACAUACGACUCAGCCGCAGAAAAUGCUCGAUAACUCACAACGAACGCUUCCGCCGCUGUUUCUCUAUGCAUACGCAUGUUUGUACAUAGGACAUACCCCAAGAAUAUGGUUCAUACUGCCACCCACAAAUCAUUGUUGUCACAUGUUCUUGUGUGUUUUUGCCUUGUGAAAACAAAGGAAAAUAAAUUUAACAACAUUGUUACUUCAA